AGCAUGGCGAGGUCAUGGACACUGCUUCUUAUCUGCUUCCUUCUGCCUGGAAUCCUGCUCUCAGAAGCUGCCAAAAUCCUAACUCUGUCCUUGCUGGGUGGAAGCCAUCAUCUACUAAUGGUUCGGGCUUCUCAGAUUCUUCAGGAUCAUGGUCAUAACGUCACUGUGCUUCUCCAGAGAGCAAAUUUAUUGAUAUCAGGUUUCAAAGAGGAGGAAAAAUCUUAUCAAAUUAUCCCUUGGCUUCUACCUGAAGAUCAUUACAAAGAAUUUAUGAAGUUUUUUGAUUUCUUCAUGAAAGAAGCUUUGGCUGGCAGAGACACAUUUGAAAGCUUUUUAAAACUGAUGGAUCUACUGGGACUUCAGUGCAGUCAAUUGCUAAAGAGAAAUGAUGUAGAUUCCUUAAAGGAUGAGAACUUUGACCUCAUAUUUGUUGAUGCAUUUGACUUGUGUUCUCUUCUGGUUGCUGAGAAGCUUGGGAAGCCAUUUAUGUCCAUUAUUUCCACCACAUUUGGCUAUACGGACUUUGGACUACCAAACCCCCUGUCUUACGUGCCAGUAGUGGAUUCCUUGCUAACAGACCGUAUGGACUUUUGGGGCAGAGUGAGGAACUUCCUGAUGUUUUUUGAUUUCUCCAUAAAGCAAUGGCGAAUCCACUCUACAUUUGACAACACCAUCAAGGAGCAUUUUCCCAAAGGCUCUAGGCCAGUUUUGUCUCAUCUGCUAAAGAAAGCAGAACUAUCGUUUGUUAACUCUGACUUUGCCUUUGAUUUUGCACGGCCUCUCCUUCCCAACACUGUGUAUGUUGGAGGCUUGAUGGCCAAACCCGUUAAAGCAGUACCACAAGAAUUUGAGAAUUUCAUUAGUAAGUUCGGAGACUCUGGUUUUGUCCUUGUGGCCCUGGGCUCCACGGUGAACAUUUUUCAGUCCCAGGAGCUACUCAAGGAGAUGAACAGUGCCUUUUCUCAUCUCCCUCAAGGGGUGAUAUGGAAGUGUAAGCCUUCUCAUUGGCCCAAAGAUAUCAAAUUGGCAGCAAAUGUGAAAAUUGUGGACUGGCUUCCUCAGAGUGACCUCUUGGCUCACCCGCACAUCCGUCUCUUUGUCACCCAUGGUGGGAUAAAUAGCAUCAUGGAGGCCAUCCAACAUGGCGUGCCCAUGGUGGGGAUUCCCAUCUUUGGAGACCAGCCUGACAACUUGCUCCGAGUAGAAGCCAAAAAGUUUGGUGUCUCUAUCCAGUUAAAGCAGAUCAAGGCUGAGACACUGGCUCUGAACAUGAAGCAAGUCAUAGAAGACAAGAGGUACAAAUCUGCAGCAGUGGCCGCCAGCAUCAUCAGGCGCUCCCAUCCCUUGACCCCUGCCCAGCGGCUGGUGGGCUGGACCAACCACAUCCUCCAGACAGGGGGUGCGGGGCACCUCAAGCCCCACGCCUUCCAGCAGCCAUGGCAUGAACAGUACCUGCUCGACGUCCUCUUGUUCCUGCUGGUGGUCACUGUGGGCACCGUGUGGCUCUGUGGGAAACUGCUGGGCAUGGUGGCCAGGUGGCUGUUUGGGGCCAAGAAGCUGAAGAAGGCCUGA